AUGGAAAUCCCACUGCUUGGACGUAACUUCACCUGGUCCAACGGCCAGGAACCUCCAAUCCUAGCCAAGCUUGAUCGAGCACUGGUCAACCUCGCCCACACUACUACCUUCCCUGAUACUUCACUCUCACCCAGGGCAAAGCCAACAUCCGACCACACCCCGUUGUUUCUUUCCAUGUCCACCUCCAUUCCGAAAUCCAGUGUUUUCCGCUUCGAGAAUGCUUGGCUGCACCGUCAAAAUUUCCUACAAACUGUCCUUCCUGCGUGGGCUGAAGCGCGUGUAUGCAGCGAUGCGGCGGGUCAGCUUGCAGCUUGUCUCAAGUCGGCUAGAGCCGCGACAAAGGUUUGGGCACGGCGUUUCAGGGCGCCUCGCCAAAUAAUUUCCAACUGCAAAUUUAUUAUCCUCUUACUUGAUUCCUUUGAGGAGGAGCGGGCUCUUUCUUUUGAUGAGUUACAGGCACGCAAGACUUGUAUUGACUGCCUCGCCCAAGCAAUCAAAGAGAAAGCAGCUUACUGGAAGCAGCGUAGUAAGUUCCGAGCAAUCAGGGAAGGCGAUGCAAACACUGCCUUUCAUCAUGCCCAGGCCACCGUCCGUCUGCGAAACAACACCAUCCGAUGGGUUGAAGUGCACGGCUCGGUGAUUGCCAACCAUGACGGGAAAAUACAAGCUCUCACCAACUUUUUCAGCUCCAUCAUCGGCGAACCAGGGACCUCAGCCUGGAACUUUGAUGUGCAUGCUCUCUUCCAUGACAGACAGCGGCCGUCCAGUGAGCUCAUCGCUCCUUUCUCUGAAUUGGAAGCCUUCGAAGCUCUGAAAUCCAUGGACAGAUCAAGUGCACCGGGCCCCGACGGUUUCGGGCCUUCUUUUUACAGGGCGGCCUGGAGCAGUAUAAAGUCGCAGGUCAUGGCCUUCCUGCAAGCCUUCCAACAGAGGCAAGUGCAGCUAGAGAGGAUCAACCGUUCUUACAUGGUGCUUAUCCCAAAAAAGCCUGGAGCUGUAGCUGUGGACGCAUUCAGACCAAUAUGCCUACAAAAUUGCUCCAUCAAGAUACUUAGCAAAAUGCUCACAAGAAGACUGCAGAAAGAGAUAGGGAACUUGAUUGACCUACACCAAACAGGCUUCUUAAAGGGUCGCUCUAUCUCUGAAACUUUCGUCUUUGCAGCUGAACUGAUUCAGACUUGCAACAAAAGGAGACUGCCGACCUUGGUGCUUAAGUUAGACUUUGCGAAGGCCUUUGACACAUGGUGUGCUUGGAUGCGGGAUAUCCUAUCCUCAUCGAAAUCGGCGGUGCUUGUUAAUGGCUGCCCGGGCCCUUGGAUUACAUGCAAACGGGGCCUGCGACAAGGUGAUCCGUUGUCGCCCUACCUCUUUCUUCUGGUGGCUGACUCUCUUCAGGCUAUGAUCCGGUCAGCAGCGACAGUCAGGAGUCCGGUGGACAGUGACAGCCCCUGCGCGGUUCUUCAGUAUGCGGAUGAUACUCUGCUGGUUCUACGGGGUGAUGUUGCUGAUGUCCAAGCUUUGAAGAAUAUCCUGCAAGCUUUCUCAGAGGCCACAGGUCUAAAAAUCAACUACAGCAAGAGCACCUUAGUUCCCAUUCACAUGGACGCUGGCUUGGCAGCAGACUGUGUCACCAUCAUGGGGUGUGCCCACCAGUCUUUCCCUCAAAACUACCUAGGCCUCCCUCUAUCGGCCUCGAAACUGCCAGUCUCAGCUUUCUCAACGGGUAAGGCUGAUAUUGCAAACAUGAAAGGGGAAAAUCUUGGACAUCACUGGGAGCUACUUCAGUUACUGCUACCACUUUACCAAGCACUGACAACGGUGGAAUUGGGGGAUGGCCGAUCAACUCUUAUCUGGACGGAUGUCUGGAAUGGCGACGAGGCGUUGGAAGAUCGUCUUCCACGGCUCUUCUCCCAUUGCACCAGGAAAGAUUCAACGGUGCAGCAAGCUAUUAACUCCAACCUUCUUGGCUGCUUUGUAAAUCGAAUGUCAACGCAGGCAAAUGAUGAGUUGCAGCAGCUUAAGGUUAUCCUCCAACAAACCCAAUUGACGGAUCAACUGGACACACGGCUGUCGGCAUUCAGUCGGACGAAGGACAAGCUCGACACCUCGGCCAUCUACAGGCUACUCAAAGCCCAAGGACAUCAAGAUGACCCCUCUUCGGCUUUUAUCUGGAAGAACGCGGCGCCACCUCGGGUUCAGAUGUUCUUCUGGCUACUCCUCAGAGGUAGAAUCCAAUGCUGCUGGGUGCUUUGGAAACGCCGAAAUGCGUUUGUUUUCAGAGAUGGAAGUGAUCCCUAUCAGAACCAUUUUUCUACAAUGCAAAUCUGA